GCCAUGGCGCGCUCCGAGGAGGUGCAUCGCCUCACCGAGACCGUCUACAAGACAAUUAUGGAACAGUACAAUCCCAGCCUCAGGAACUUCAUUUCCAUGGGGAAGAACUAUGAAAAAGCCUUGGCAAGUGUAACGUAUGCUGCAAAAGGCUAUUUUGAUGCUCUGGUUAAAAUGGGGGAGUUGGCCAGUGAAAGCCAAGGAUCUAAAGAACUGGGGGAUGUUCUCUUCCAGAUGGCAGAAGUUCACAGACAGAUUCAAACUCAGUUGGAAGAGAUGCUGAAGUCUUUUCACAAUGAGCUACUGACACAACUGGAGCAGAAAGUAGAACUGGAUUCCAGGUAUCUAAGUGCUGCAUUGAAGAAAUACCAGACUGAGCAAAGGAGCAAAGGGGACGCGCUAGAGAAGUGCCAGGCAGAGCUGAAAAAACUUCGGAAGAAGAGCCAAGGGAGCAAAAACCCUCAGAAGUACUCUGAUAAGGAGCUCCAGUACAUUGAUGCUAUCAGCAACAAACAAGGUGAGCUAGAAAACCAUGUCUCUGAUGGCUAUAAGACAGCGCUCACAGAGGAGAGGAGACGGUUCUGCUUCCUGGUAGAGAAGCAGUGUGCUGUGGCUAAGAACACCAUCUCCUACCAUGCCAAGGGGAAAGAGAUCUUGACACAGAAGCUCCCGAUCUGGCAGCAAUCUUGCUCAGACCCCAACAAGAUCCCAGACCGGGCUAUCCAGCUGAUGCAGCAGAUGGCUGCCAGCAGCAAUGGCACGAUCAUCCCCAGCUCCCUGUCUACGUCCAAAUCCAACCUAAUCAUCUCGGACCCUAUCCCCGGGGCCAAACCACUCCCUGUCCCACCAGAGCUGGCGCCCUUUGUAGGGCGCAUGUCAGCACAAGAGACCAUUCCCGUGAUGAAUGGUGUCUCGGGCCCGGAGGUCGAAGACUACAGCCGCUGGUCUGAGAUGAAGCCAGCCCAGCCAAAAUCCCUAUCUCCUCCCCAGCAUCAGAAGCAACUGAGUGACUCGUACUCCAACACACUUCCUGUGCGCAAGAGCGUCGCACCGAAAAGCAGUUACACAACCACUGAAAACAAGACCUUGCCACGCUCCAGUUCCAUGGCUGCCGGGCUUGAGAGGAACGGCAGGACAAGAGUACAGGCCAUUUUCUCUCAUGCUGCUGGUGAUAACACCACUCUCCUGAGCUUCAAGGAAGGAGACCUCAUCACGCUCCUGGUGCCGGAGGCCCGAGAUGGAUGGCACUAUGGGGAGAGUGAGAAAACAAAAAUGAGAGGCUGGUUCCCUUUCUCCUACACACGGGUUCUUGAUAGCAAUGGAAGCGACAGGUUGCAUACAAGCUUGCAACAAGGGAAAAGCAGCAGCACAGGCAACCUGCUGGAUAAGGAUGACAUCGCCAUCCCGCCACCAGACUACAGCAUGUCCUCAUCACGGGUCUUCCCGCCACAACCUGUCAGCACUUUCAAACAGAGACCAUACAGCGUGGCAGUGCCUGCAUUCUCCCAGGGCCUUGAGGACUAUGGGACGAGAGCUGGAAGCAGCCCCGAUGUGGAAGUGGCCAGGUUUUGAUGUCCCUGACUAGUUAAAAUCCUUUUGCCAACAUCCAGCUGAAACCAACAGUGACCAACGACAGGUCAGCUCCCUUCAUCAGCUGAUCUCUGGGAUUGCUGGAGCCAGCAAGCACCUCCUGCCUGCAUUGCUGUAUCCGACCCACUGUAGCCUCCUUGUCCGCAAGUCUCUUUCCAGAACUUUGUUUAGGCUGCGUUUGUUUAAACCUGCUACUGCUGCUUGGAAGCCGAGGGCUAAAGCUGGUGUUUUGAUGGUCUCUCCUGUAAAGCCUGUGUAAUCAGCACAGUGACAGGGUCAAACUCUGUUACCCUUCGUUCACUCUGCUCAUGGCAGGUGUGGAGGUAGAACAGCACUCGCGGCCCUGCGUUCCCAGCCUGUACCCUCCCGCCCCGUUCAGCUCUCCCAGCGCAGAAAGAUCAGCGUUAGUGGGGGAACAUGCUGAUCCCACAGCCUGCUGCCAUUCUAAGAGUGGGAAAGCAGCAGCACUCAGUAUAGCCCCAGCCUCUCGCACCUGUCUCCUACACAGAGCAAGAUACAGGCCGAGGAGGUGUAACCCUCACCUCAGCCCUCUAAAAGGAUGUCAGCAGGGCACCUGAGCCCAAGGCUGCCAGCCUGGGCCCACAGACUCAUGCUAGUGCACUACUCAUGGUGGUGUGGACAGGGCGGGUCAGGCCUACUCAGCUUCUGCUAGGAGGAGCCCUAUUAACACCUGUCUGCGGAGCUGGGCUGGCAGGCUAAGGCCUCCAUGCAGUGUAGACACAGCCAAGGCUUGCAGACCCCACUCUGCUGUUUAGAGCUGCCGAGGGCAGUGAGGGGCUAAGCCUUGGUCCCUUCCCUUUUUUUGGCCUGCAGCAAUUCUUGGGCUGUGGAACAGCUGUGGUGUGCAAAGCAUUUGUCCUCCUUCAAACUGCUGCUCAGGGCUGGCUAGCUCGGCUGGUGCAGACAACUAGCGUAAGGGCCAGCUGCUCCCAGGCAGGCCUGCUGACCAUCAGUGCAACAGCUGCUAAUGUUUUUACACCCAGCCCUCAUGGUGCAGCGUCUAGAUUUUAUUUAGCUCGGUGAGGUAUUAUUCAAGCUUGAACACUAGGCUGUUAGAUGCAACACCCCCUGUGCAGAGGCAACCGGUACCACUCACUCACCCUCUUACCUGUAGCUGUCUGUCAUGAAACCACAGGGAAGAGGAAACAGAAGUGGAGGAGGGUGCCCCAUGCCCCCUACCACUGUCCUAAGCAUGUGUCAGAGACCUGCAAGACCCAAGCUGCAGGCAGCUUUCUGUGCUGAAGGGGGAAGGGUCUGUGACUUGAAUGGUUCCAGUGCAGAAACUUUCCAAGUCCCCAAGCCCCCUCCCAUGCUCAUAGCCACUUCCCUGUGUGUCACUCGGCUCUGCCUUGCAGGCCCCUGUGAGAUGAACCCUUGCAGGUCCGUAAGUGACUGGCUGAGAACUCAGGACCAGAACCAGCUCCUGGAAGCUCUGGUCAGCAGCUGCCUCCACCCCAGGCUGCUGGUGUGAGUGCUCAAUGUACGUUUUGGAAGAGCCUGGCUCAGGCUCCUCAGUGAGAAACCUCUGCCUUAGCUGAGCUCUCCCACUCCCCGCUUGCUUGUUACAAUGAUCUCUAGUACCCCCUC